UUUCACAUCGGACUGAAAACUAUAUAGGACCAAACGCAGGCAAGAUACAAGUGUUGGAGUAAAGAAGCCAACCAGUAGAAAUAUAUUUUGUUUACGUAUUCGUCACUCCUCGUUCUGAUAAAUACUUAUGUUGCAUAUAUCGAGGGCAUCUGGUAUCACAAAUUCAGUUUAGGUGUGUUGACAGGAACAUAUCUGAUAAUGGUGGUAAGCUCUCCCUCUCCUCUGCCUGAGAGAGCCAUUUAUGGGUUUGUCCUGUUCCUUGGCUCACAGUUUGGCUUCUUUCUGUAUUGCCUGUGGGCCUUUAUACCAGAGGAGUGGCUUCAUUCAAUAGGGCUCACCUACUGGCCUCAAAAAUAUUGGGCCCUUGCUGUACCAAUCUAUCUUCUGGUUGCAUUAGUAAUUACUGUGGUGUUGCUAUUUGGAGUGAACAUGAACAACACGGCUCCACUCGACUCCCUGGACAACAUCACAGAUGUGUACGCUCAAGGCCAGAGGACAACGAACUACUGCCACGUGGGAGGGAUACCCAGACUAAAAGAUGUUUCCAUUAGUGAAGUCAACAAAAUAUUCUAUUUGUCCCCCACAUCGUAAUAAACAGGAACUUAUUUAGCCAGAGGAAGGCCAAAAGUGAAGCUGCAGGGGAUUUGUUAUGGUGUCAGUGUGUUCCCUUUGUUUAUAAAAGAAGGAUUCUGCUUUUAUUUAUUUAUCCAGGGCAACGCAACAUGGGGAAAAUAUGUACUGUAUAAUAAUUGACUUUCUCUAAUCGUGUGUGUGUGUAACAGAAUGUGAUGAAACACAAUUUCACAAUAUGAAAAAAGUAAUUUGUAUAUUGGAUGAACAAGGUGAUUUUAUUCAAUAAAUUCCAUACUUUUCUAA